AUGGAACAGAACAAACCUAACUCGCGGUUUACCAGUGAAACAUUAAAGCAUGAAUAUUUUAUGAGGAAAGCCCUUGAUAUGGGCGAAGAAGCUCUCGCAAGCGGCGAAACCCCAGUAGGCUGCGUGUUGGUUCAUAAUGAGGAAAUUAUUGGAUCCGGUAUGAAUGACACAAAUAAGUCAAUGAAUGGAACAAGACAUGCAGAAUUCUUAGCCGUCGAAGAAGUGUUGAGAAGUCACCCACGAAGUAUAUUUCAUGAGACAGAUCUCUAUGUUACUGUUGAGCCAUGUAUAAUGUGUGCUUCUGCUUUAAGACAAUAUCGGAUCAGACAUGUGUACUUUGGAUGCGCAAAUGAACGUUUUGGAGGAACUGGAGGGGUUCUAAAUUUGCACUCUGAUCCCGGGAUAGAUCCACCGUAUGAGCUCACGGGAGGCCUGUUCCGAAAGGAAGCAAUUAUGUUAUUACGACGAUUUUAUAUCCAGGAGAAUGAGAGAGCUCCUAAUCCUAAACCGAAAAAGGACCGUGAGCUGAAGGAUGUUUUUGAUGAGAACAUGGAAGCGGGCAUUGAUUUGGUCAAAAUAAUACCUUUACCAUGA